AUGACAACGUAUGGAACAAUCCCAUCAGAGGCACCAACAUCAUCAAACCUACAGUAUGUUUCACUUGCAAAAGAAAGGAUCAAAGGGGGGCUCGCGACACGAAGACCAUGGAAGGAGAUGAUUCAACCUCAUGCUCUCAACCUUCCCACCACCUUCAACCAAUGUUUCCAAAGACUCACGAUAAACGUUGCAUUGUUUCGCAUGAACUAUGCCAUUGUUGUCUUGUUCAUUCUCUUCCUUAGCCUGCUCUGGCACCCUAUCUCAUUGAUCGUCUUCAUCAUCAUGAUGUUUGCAUGGCUGUUCCUCUACUUUCUACGUGACGACCCGUUGAUGGUUUCGGGCACUAUGAUCGACGAUCAAACGGUGAUGGCGGCGUUGUCGGUGGUCACGGUCAUUGCGCUUUUUCUUACCAAUGCCAAGACUAAUAUCAUAGUGGCUCUCGCCAUUGGUGUUGUGGCCGUGGUGGUUCAUGGAGCAUUGAGGCAGACAGAUGAUGAUGAUGAUGAUGAUGAUAAUCAGUUCUUUGUUGAUGAAGAAGGCCUUAAAUCGGCUGGUGGAGAUAAUGCCAAAAUGCCUCUCAAAAAUGCUGCCUCCUCUUCUUAUUCCUUGUCUUGA